CAGACGGUGGAGAUACAGGAGAUACAGACGGAGGAUAUCCCAUCAAGCUGGAGCCCAGAUAACCUAAGACCAUCCUAGAUCCUCUCCUGUUCUGUACAAGGGAGUCAAACAACAGCAAUCAGUCUCCAUGCCGGCUCUCAGGAUGGGGAGCUUUGAGAAACCUACUGUGUUUGGCCGGGGCUCCUUCCUUCAGCUCGCAGCCUGAGGAGGAGCAGGAAGCAUUUUGGUGGAGGGGCAGGGGGUACGCCAAGGACCCAAGGUUGGUACCUUAACCACGACCUGCCAGACUCAGGCUCAGCACAGCAGGAGCAUGUCAGCGCCCAGAGGCCCCUCAUGGAUGUGUCAGUCCGCAGCCAAGGGCAACCUUCUGCUGUGGAUAGGGCUGACGUCCAUCUGCGUGGCAACUGUUCAUGCCCAGCAGCACCCAGUGGUCACCACCAAUCAUGGAAAAUUGCGGGGAGUGAAGGUUACAUUACCCAAUGAGAUCCUGGGACCAGUGGAGCAGUAUUUGGGGAUCCCAUAUGCAUUAGCACCAACGGGCGAGCGGAGGUUCCAGCCUCCAGAGCCGCCCAUGUCCUGGCCGGGCAUCAGGAAUGCUACUCAGUUUGCUCCGGUUUGUCCUCAGUUCUUAGAGGACCGCUUUUUACUCAAUGACAUGCUCCCUGUGUGGUUCACCGCCAACUUGGAUACACUGGUAACCUAUGUGCAGGAGCAGAGCGAGGACUGCCUUUACCUGAACAUCUACGUCCCCACGGAGGACGACAUCCACGAUGAGAACGGGCUGAAGCCGGUCAUGGUUUACAUCCACGGCGGCUCCUACAUGGAGGGAACUGGCAACAUGAUCGACGGCAGCAUCCUGGCCAGCUACGGGAAUGUCAUUGUCAUCACCAUCAACUACCGGCUCGGAGUCCUAGGGUUUCUAAGCACAGGAGACCAGGCAGCCAAGGGCAACUACGGCCUGCUGGAUCAAAUUCAGGCUCUUAGGUGGAUCAAAGAAAACAUCCAGGCCUUCAAAGGAGAUCCAAAGAGAGUGACCAUUUUUGGCUCCGGUGCCGGAGCGUCGUGCGUCAGCCUGCUCACCCUCUCGCAUUACUCAGAAGAUCUGUUCCAGAAAGCCAUCAUCCAGAGUGGCACGGCACUGUCCAGCUGGGCGGUCAACUACCAGCCUGCCAAAUAUACGCGAGCCCUGGCUGAGAAGGUGGGCUGCAACAUGUUGGACACCAUCGACCUGGUGGAGUGUUUGCAGAACAAGAACUACAAGGAGCUGAUUGAGCAGUACAUCACUCCUGCAAAGUACCAUAUUGCAUUUGGCCCUGUGAUUGAUGGAGAUGUGAUUCCAGAUGACCCCCAGAUCCUGAUGGAGCAAGGGGAGUUCCUCAACUAUGACAUCAUGCUGGGGGUCAAUCAAGGAGAAGGGUUUAAGUUUGUUGAUGGCAUUGUGGACAGCGAGGACGGGGUUUCUGCCAAUGACUUUGACUUUGCUGUGUCGGACUUCGUGGACCAUCUCUAUGGCUACCCGGAGGGCAAGGACACUCUGCGUGAGACCAUCAAAUUCAUGUACACAGACUGGGCAGACAAGGAGAAUCCAGAGACCCGACGCAAGACCCUGGUGGCUCUGUUCACUGACCACCAGUGGGUAGCGCCAGCAGUGGCCACAGCUGACCUCCACGCCCAGUAUGGCUCACCAACCUACUUCUACGCAUUCUACCACCACUGUCAGAGUGACAUGAAGCCCAGCUGGGCCGACUCGGCCCAUGGUGACGAAGUACCGUAUGUGUUCGGGAUCCCUAUGAUCGGCCCUACGGAUCUCUUCAACUGCAACUUCUCUAAGAACGACGUGAUGCUGAGUGCUGUGGUCAUGACCUACUGGACUAACUUUGCAAAAACAGGGGAUCCAAACCAGCCAGUUCCCCAGGAUACAAAGUUUAUCCACACAAAGCCCAACCGAUUUGAGGAGGUAGCCUGGACCAAGUACAACCCCAAAGACCAGCUCUACCUCCACAUCGGCCUCAAACCUCGAGUCCGCGACCACUACCGAGCCACCAAGGUCGCAUUCUGGUUAGAACUAGUUCCGCAUCUUCACAACAUAAAUGAGUUUUUUCAGUAUGUAUCAACCACUACCAAGAUACCACCGCAAGACACUACCCCAUACCCUUACACCAAACGGUUCCCUGGUAAAAACAACUGGCCAUCCACCACCCGCCACCCAGGGGUGCCGCCUGCCAACACCAAACAAACCACCGACCAGCGCAAGAGUGGCGACCUUACCGACGAGUCAACCGUGGUGAUCGAGACCAAGAGGGACUACUCGACCGAGCUCAGCGUCACUAUUGCAGUCGGAGCCUCCCUUCUCUUCCUGAACAUCCUUGCCUUCGCUGCGCUCUACUACAAGAAAGACAAACGGCGGCACGAGUCCAACCGGCGCGUUCCCACCCCACAACGCAACUCCGCUCCGACCAACACCCCGUCCAAUGCCAAUGACGUGGCCCACCUGCAGAGCGAGGAGCUGAUGUCGCUGCAGAUGAAGCAGCAGCAACUGGAGCACGAGCACCACCACGAGUGCGAGUCGCUGCAGGCCCACGACACGCUGCGCCUCACUUGCCCGCCCGAUUACACCCUUACCCUGCGCCGGUCACCUGACGACAUACCCCUGAUGACUCCCAGCACCAUCACCAUGAUCCCCAACUCCCUGGCUGGCAUGCAGCCUCUGCACAACUUCAAUACUUUCGGUGGCAGCCAGAACAGUACCAACUUACCCCACGGCCAUUCCACCACACGGGUAUAGCUCUGCUGGGACUGCAUGGCGCCAGGUUCCCUCUGGACCAGCAACCGAACCACACAAGGCAAACAUAAGUGACUGACUGUGGGAAGCACAGACUCCAAAGUCUUAGCAGAUGUUAUUUUGCUACCAUGCCUUCUUGAAAUGUACAAACAGUAUAAAUUGAUCAUGAACUCAUGAAAAUAUUCAAAGUGAAUGUUACUAUAGUAAUAACUCUAUUUGGAGCUGAGCUUCAUGGAAGGUUUUCGAGGAGUUUUACCAAAAGAAAAGGCAACCAAGGGGUGACUGUUAAUAUUCCUACAACACUAAAUGAACAGUUUCUGUGGACAAACAAACAUUUUGCGGAGGCUUUCGUGCCAUAAAUACAACAGGAAGACAGUGGCAACAAUUGAACAUCUUGAACAUCAUCUUUCAUGA